AUGGUCUUCGGUUGCCGUCGUCGUGCCCUAGCACCCAGCCCUCCCCGUCCCACCUGCAUGCUCAAGGGCUGCAACAGACGCGCCUUGAAAUGCGACACCAAGUCUCCGGGAACCACUCUUCUCUCGUACUACUGCAGCGAUCAUGCUUGUCGACAACGUCUGGGGGAUGGUAUGUGCCCUACGCCCAAAGACGCUGGCGCCGGGCGUUACUGCGAUGAUCAUACGUGCUACCUACGCCCCUGCGAGAAGAAACGCUCCCCAGGUUCAAAAAUGUGCGACACGCACACUCCCCGAUGCCUCAUCCCCGAAUGCGGAAACCCCUCUUCCGACAACGGCGUGUAUUGCCCCUCUCACAGCUGUCUUGAAACUGAAUGCGACGGCGUCAUCUACGGCGGCGGGUGGUGCAAGAAUCACAAGACGUGCAAGGUUGCGGGUUGUAAGGGUGGGAAGUUUGCGCUCGUGGUGCCGGAGGGUAAGGGUGAGAAGGACUUGUGCGCCAUCCGUGAAGCUCCGUUCUGCGAGAAGCAUAAAUGCGGAUAUCCGCCCUGCCAGAAACCUCGACACUCGACCAAGAAAAGCCUCUUUUGCAAGUCCCACACCUGCACCCUCACCACCUGCACCAACCAAACCUCCCUCCCCCAAGAUCCAGCCUCCAAAUUCUGCACCUCCCACUCCUGCCUACCCCCUUGCCCCCAUCCCACCAAGCCCAACAGCCCCCUCUGCGCAAUCCACUCCUGCAUCCGCGAAAACUGCCCCUCCCCACGCACCCUCGAUCCCCUCGUCGACCCGGAAGCGCAGUACUGCGCGUCCCACGAAUGCGCUUCCCCUACCUGCCAUCUCCCGCGGGCUUCCCCCUUCGUCGCGUACUGCGAGGCUAAGCACGCGUGUCCCAUCGAGGGAUGUCCGAGAGUUAGGGAGGAUCAUUCCCCGUGCUGUGGGGUGCACAUCGCUUGGGUGGUUCGGCGGUUGAAUGACGAGUUGAGGGUCAAGGACGAACGGCGUGACUAUGGGCAUGGGGUUGGGCUGGGGCUGGGGAGUCUGGGGAGGAAUAGAGAGGGAAUGGAGACGGCGGUUCAGGAGAUGUUGAACAUGAGGCUUGAGGAGGAGAAUGAGAGGUUGGAAAACAUGGCGAGGGCUGGGGGUAAGUGGGAUGAGGAGGAUGUUUGGGGGAGGAGAGGGAGGAGGGAGAGGAGUUUGGAUAGUGGGCUUGGGAGUGAGAUGUCUUCUGGCACGUCGAGGACCUAUGUGUCUUGA